GUCACGUAGCUCCUCUGACCGUAUAUAAGGAGCAAAGCUCGUUCUAAACUUCGUACUGGUACUUCGCUCUUAAAGAAGUCAACAUCAACUCAAUAUGAAAUUCUUCGCGGGCAUCCUGGCUGUCCUGGCGCUGGUGAGCGCGGCCGCGGCAGGCUUCAUCGGCUCCGGCUGGUCCUCGCCGUUGGUCUACUCGCGCCCGGCGGUGGUCUACUCGCGCCCGGCAGUGGUCUACUCGCCCUCAUACUACGGCGGUCUCGGCUACGGCGGCCACGGCUACGGCGGCCGCGGCUACGGCGGCUGGUCCUCCGGCUAUAGGAGCGGCUGGUGGUAUGUUGCAGUGAUACAGCAUCGCACUUCAUCGCACAGCGGUAGUCCGCUGGUGCUGCUAGUGCCGCUGGUGGCGCUGGUGCCGCUGGUCAACAAACAACAAAACGACAUUAUGAAAUCCUUCAUUGCAGUCCUGUGCCUGGUGGCGAGCGUGGCGGCCGGUAACGUGCGCGAAAAGCGCGGCUUCCUCAGCGGCCUGCACUCCGCCCCAGCCUACUCCGCCCCCGCAGUCAGCUACUCCGCUCCUUCCAUCAGCUACUCCGCCCCUGCCAUCAGCUACUCAGCGCCCGCUGUCAGCUAUGCCGCCGCUCCUGCCGUCAGCUAUUCCGCCGCUCCUUCUGUCAGCUAUGCCGCCGCUCCUUCUGUCAGCUAUGCCGCCGCUCCCGCGGUUAGCUACGCCACCGCGCCAGCGGUCAGCUACAGCGCCGCGCCCGCCGCCCGCCUCGUCACCGUAAACAAGGUGGUCAACGUAAACAGAGUGGUCAGUGUGCCGCAAGUGGUGAACGUACGCAAGGUGGUGUCAGUGCCCCAGGUGGUUACCGUCAACAAGCUGGUGCCCGCCGCCGCCGCCGGCUGGUGA